GAAGCCUAAUGAAUAAUGAAUGAUGUGUGCGUCGAGUUAGCAGCUGGGAUCCAGAGUGGGUCACUCUCACGAGCCGCGAGCAUGGAGUUUGCCUUCUUGGUGCUAAUGCUCGGAGGGGCAAUCUGGGGCACAGGAGCCCAAUCAGGGUGCGACCGAUGCCAUCCCACCGACUGCCCGGCCGUGCAGUGCCGAGUGCCCGAACUACUGGCGAAGGACGAGUGCGGCUGUUGUGACCGAUGCCUGGGAGUUCAGGACGAGCGGUGCGGUGGUCGGGGUCUAAGGCACGGCCGCUGCGCCCCCGGAUACGUGUGCUUGACCUCAGCGGACGGACAGCGGCGGGAAGAGGAGGAGGGGAAGGAAGGGGAGGAAGAAGAGGGCACCGGGUCCUGCGUUUGCAAACACGACUACCCAGUGUGUGGGUCGGACACUAACACCUAUCCCACUAUCUGCGCCUUGCAUCUGGCCAGCUGGCUAUCCGUGCACAAGCAAAAGGGCAAGAUCCACAAAGUACACGACGGGGAGUGCAAAUACGCUCCUGUAAUCAUCCUUUCCCCAAAGUCAGUCCAGAAUGUGACUGGUGCCCAGGUCUACCUGGCCUGUGAAGUGAAAGCUGUUCCAACUCCGAUUGUCACCUGGAGAAAGGUCACCGAGUCACCCAAGGGAAUAAAGCUUUUGGAAGAGCUACCCGGAGAUCGAGUGAAUCUUGCAGUUCAGGUCCGCGGUGGGCCAUCUAAACACGAAAGCACCGGAUGGGUUCUGAUAAAUCCACUGACAAAGGAAGACGAAGGUGUUUAUCAAUGUCAUGCCAGCAACAUCCUUGGAGAGGCUCAGACUGAAGGCACAAUCACGGUCACGGAGAAGGUCAUUAUGACUAAAGGUAAGAAAAAAAAGGACUUUCUGAAGGAAGAAAAUUAAAUCCUGGAUAACUCCACAUUGAUAAAUCCUUUUCCUGCAUUUUAGAGUUAGAGAAAAAUGAAACAUAACAGAUUGAAUUGAAAAUGAUGUAUUUUCUACCAUUUUCUUCUACUUUUCUAAAGUUUUUACGAUAACAUUAGUACAUCCAGUAUAAAACGAUAGGCAUUUGCAGAACCUCAGUGUGCAAUUGAAAAUGCCUUAGAUGUUCAUGAAGAGGAGGUUGGUUGGGACUGAGGAUGUUAGAAGCUCACAGUGAUUGUAUAAAACACAGAUGGGUGUCAUAUACCUUAGCACCAUAAUGAAGACACUUCAUGUUACAUUAACCAAGUUUUAAUCUUUCAGCAAAAAUUCUUAAAUGAUACAUCAGUUGUGUUGUGUUUAGUGCAAUGAUUAGUCUUUGAAUAAGUUUUUUAAAAUUUGUGGUUUUAUAUUUAAAGAAGUUCACUUUCAAAUUUUAAUGAACAAACAUGGUGGAACUUGUGCAGCCAACAAAUUUAGGAAACCAUGCUUCCUAAACUCCUGGGUAUGACACAGCACUGUUCUUGGCUAGUAUGACUAAUUUAGAAUGGAGGUUUCCAAUGAAAGAUAAGAAAUUUAAUAGCUAUCUUUGUUGUGUACUCUUUUUCAAAGUGUUUUAAUAAAGAUUACUGUUACUCUUCAAAAACAUUUAACUAC